AGGAUGUUGGGGAGAUUGCUGCUCGUGGUGGUGGUGGUGUUGGUGCCUGGAAUAUAUGCUCAUGUAGUGGGAGAAAAAGGAGAUGAGAAAUGGACAGACAUGGGGAAUGAGGAAAGGGAGGAGUGGAAAAUCGUGGGAAAAGAAGAAAAUGGCAUUAAAUGGACAGACAUGGUGAAAGAAGAAGCGAAAAUUGGAAGAUGGCUUACAAGUUGCAACUCGCCUGACGCGUUGAAAGUGCGGCUGAGCCUGAAAUCGGCGCUGGGAGACGAAGCGUACGCGUGGAAUGAGAAUGAAUUGUACCUGUUUAAGGCGGCCGUGGCCUACGCCGUGCGGCAGCACCGGCUCUCGGGGGGAGGACAGCAGGUCGCCUUCACGGCGGCAAAUGUGGAGACCUGUAACGUGACAGAGAGGGUGUCCUUCUACUUCCGCGUGACUGACCCCAGUGCUGCGGCGGGAACCGUUAUCCCCAAAGCGGACGUGGAGGAAGCUGUACGGCAGUCCAGGGGCCGCAUCAACAGUGCCUUCCUACUGAGCGACGACACGCUGGAGUUCGUGGGUCUGCCGUCCACCCUGGCCCCGCCCGUGGAGCCCCCCGUGGAGGUGUGGCUGGUGGCCUUCGGGGUGGUCAUGAGCCUGGUGGUGGUGCUGGGAGUCUACCUCAUCGUCAGCGGCUUCCUGAACAGGAAGAGGAAAUCAAAGGAGGGCGAACAUGAUGAAGAAGAGCCAGGGGACAAAAGAAGUGGAAGAGGCAGCGUCAGUGACAGUGACAGUGAGAGCCAGCGCGAGGGGGAGACAAAUUUAGGCUUUCAGGAAGAGGAGGAUGAUGGGAAGAAGACCCAGUUCUGAGUGAUAAUAGGGGGAAAGUGUCACCUGUCUUGUUAAACAAAAGAGGUUCCAUUUAGAUAAAACUGUGAAGGAGAUGUGCUAUUUUAAUGCAGUAGGCCUAUAUUUUGAUCCUACAUGAUGUAUUAUUAUCGAUUCAGUGUGUGAGAAAAUAGUGUCCAAAAACGAUGUCAGAAAUGUUAUAUUUUGUUAAACAUGUGUUAUUUUGUAUUAUACACAGUGGAUUAUCACUUAUUUUGUUUGUCUGUACCAUCAUAAUUUUGUACAUAGCUGUUUUUAAUUCUGUGUAAAACGAGCUGAUGGUUAUUGUAUGGCUCUGGUGAAUUAGAUUCGCAUUAA